UGCAACAACACUUUUGACCACUAUAAGGAGCAUUCAGUUCGCUUGGUAAAAGGUUUCCAUCUCCCAGUUGCUAAAAUUUAUUCUAUAAAAACAAAAUGCCCUUGAUGCACAUCUUGCCUCUGGAUGGCACAUCCAUUCUGUUUAUUAGCCUGAUUUGUAUCAUGCUUAUUUACAUUCUUUAUCACAAAAAAAACAAUGAGAAUUUCCCACCAGGACCCAGGCCUCUACCACUAGUGGGGAAUAUAUUUAUUAUGGACAGAAAAAGGCCUUUUCAGACUCUGAUGGAGCUGAAGGAAAAAUAUGGCUCAGUGUUCAGCAUUCAGUUGGGCUUCCGGAAGAUGGUGGUUCUGACUGGCUAUGAGACUGUGAAAGAGGCGCUUGUCUUGAAAGCUGACCAAUUUGCAGAGAGGCCAGAUAUUCCUAUAUUCAAACAAAUUACAAACGGAAAUGGUAUUAUUUUUGGCCAUGGGGAUUCAUGGAAAACUAUCCGUAGAUUCACACUGACAGUCCUACGUGACCUUGGAAUGGGAAAGCGGAAUAUUGAGGAAAAAAUCAUUGAGGAAUCUGAACACCUGGUGAAGCAGUUUGAAGCAAAAAAAGGUGAACCGUUUCUGACAACAAUUCCUAUUAACGCAGCUACAUCUAACAUUAUAGUCUCCCUGAUUAUGGGAAAAAGAUUGGAAUAUGAAGAUGAAAUUUUCAUUAAACUUUUGAUCUUGAACAAUGAGAGCUUCCGACUUGUUGGAGGCCCAUAUAUACAGUUGUACAACAUGUUUCCUGUGUUGCACCCCCUGCCUGGACCACAUUAUAAAGUUAUAAAACACCAGAAUAUUCUGAAGGACUUUUUCAGACAGAUUUUCAUCCAACACAGAGAAGUCCUUGAUGAGAAUGACAAAAGAAGCUACAUCGAUGCUUUCAUGAGCAAGAUGGAGGGGGAAAAGAACCACUCAUACUCCCACUUCCACGAAAUGAACCUCCUGUGUACUGUCACAAAUCUUUUUGUGGCUGGAACAGAGACCACGUCUAGCACCCUUUCCUGGGCUAUCUUGAUCCUGAUCAAGCACCCCAACAUCCAGAUGAAGGUCCACGAGGAGAUUGACAGGGUCAUUGGAGGGGCGAAGCCCAGAGCUGAGCACCGGCAGAUGAUGCCCUUCACAGACGCUGUGAUUCACGAGGUUCAGAGGUUUGCCGACAUCCUCCCCAUGGGCCUGCCUCAUGAAACAACCUGUGAUGUAGACCUCAGGGGCUACUGUAUACCCAAGGGGACUUACAUUAUCCCACUGCUGAGAUCAGUACACCGGGAUAAGAACCACUGGGAGAAGCCAGACCACUUCUACCCACCACAUUUCCUCAAUGAACAGGGGAAGUUUGUCAAACGAGAAGCCUUCAUGCCAUUUUCUGCAGGCCGCAGGGUAUGCGUUGGAGAGAUGCUGGCCAGGAUGGAGCUGUUCCUGUUCUUCACGUCUCUGCUGCAGAACUUCUCCUUUCACGCUGCUGAAGGGGUGAAUGGGGAAGACAUCGACCUGUCCCCGACUGGGGGUCUGACCCUUAGCGCCCCGAACAUCCAGGUGCGCGCCCUGGCCCGAAACAUAAACGUCUAGGUGCCCCUCCGCUAGCACCAGUCUGUAAUGCAAUCCCAGACCGCCCUCAUAUUAAUCUAUGUGUAGGAUAGAGACCACUCCUAUAUUUAAGGGCAUUUCAUGUCUACUGUAAGCACAACAACUAGAUGCCAUUAGCUAUAUAGCUUUAGAAAACAUCAAUUUGUGGAAUUUAAUUUUUUCAGAAAUACAGCAAUU